UGUAAAUAAGUUUAAGAAGAAAAAGGUUAUGUAUUAGGGCAGUUCGAAUAAAAAGCCGCAGUGCUUCAUUUCGUUAUUUGUGUUAUUUGAUAAUGUGAAAGCAUUAACUUUAACGCAGUGUGGUUAAAAUGGCUAACGGACCAAUAGCAGAACGUAAUAGAGAUGCCACGAUAUAUGUUGGUGGCUUGGACGACAAGGUUUCCGAGUCUUUGCUGUGGGAAUUGUUUGUGCAAGCGGGUCCUUUGGUGAAUGUACACAUGCCGAAAGACCGAGUGACUAUGAUGCAUCAAGGAUACGGCUUUGUCGAAUUUAUGGGCGAAGAAGACGCCGACUAUGCUAUUAAAAUAAUGAACAUGAUAAAACUGUAUGGUAAACCAAUCCGUGUCAACAAGGCUUCAGCGCAUCAGAAAAAUUUAGAUGUGGGUGCGAACAUAUUCAUAGGUAACUUGGACCCGGAAGUGGAUGAGAAGCUUCUGUAUGAUACCUUCUCUGCCUUUGGGGUUAUACUUCAAACACCAAAAAUUAUGAGAGAUCCCGACACUGGUAACUCCAAGGGUUUCGCUUUCAUCAAUUUUGCAAGCUUCGAAGCUUCCGACGCUUCCAUUGAGGCAAUGAAUGGGCAGUAUUUAUGCAAUAGACCAAUAUCAGUGUCCUACGCUUUCAAAAAGGAUUCCAAAGGCGAGAGGCACGGAUCGGCAGCCGAGCGACUCUUAGCAGCUCAAAAUCCAUUGUCCCAAGCAGAUAGGCCACAUCAACUAUUCGCAGAUGCACCCCCAAUGGGUAUGAUGCCUCCAGGCAUGGCUUUGGCACCGCCGCCACCUCCAGUUAUUCUUGGUGGAAUGUUACCCCCACCACCACCAAAUCCAGGAAAUAUGCAACCACCUCCGCCUCCACCAGUACCGCCACCGUCAUCGUUUCCGGCGGGAAUUCCACCUCCACCGUUGCCACCAUCUCAACCCCCCUUACCCCCUGGUGCUCCACCUCCACCACCAAUUUCCGUAUCUACCGGAAGUUCGGCUCCGCGUCCUCCGUUGCCUCCAAUGCCUCCGACAUCUAACUCCGGUUCGGGACCUCCGCCUCCGAGAAUGAUGCCGCCCCCUCCGCCAUGGCAAGGUGGGAGCUUGCCUCCGGGACCUCCAGGUUCCGCGUCAGCUACAAGCGGUACGCCGUUCCCGGGAAUGUUUCCGCCUCCUCCUCCACCGGGAGGAAGACCUCCACCUCCAAAUUGGAGACCGCCGCCGCCUCCGAAUUUCAGUGGGAGGCCGCCGUUCCCGCCCAGAGGACCACCGCCACCUCCGCCUUCUUUCGAUUAAGGCUUGAGAAAUUAUUUUGAAUUAUUGUGUCACUGAAUUUUAAAUAAAUGUUUUGAUGCAUGUACGUAAUGAGUAAAUUAACAAAAUCGACCUGAUUUAAAAAAUAAUUCAUUUGAUUUAUAAAUUAAAUGAAAUGAAAAGCUAAAGCGGGCCAUCCACCAAACG